AUGUCACAUAAUGCUAUAUUGAAAUGGGUGGGGUAUUUGGUGAAUGUGCCUGAAGGUACUACUUUAAAAGAUUUAAGUGAUGGUAGAAUUUUAACUAAUUUACUGAAUAAAUUGAAUCCUGAGGCUUAUCCUCAAAAAGUUUAAUCUUCUCCUUAAAAAAAUUUCUAAAUGGAUAUGUUAUGUGUAACUAACUUAGUUUAAAAUUUGAAAUAAUCAAUUCCCAAUUUACCUGAAAUAAAUAGUUUAUUAAUUGCAAAGCAUUAAGAUACUACCGAAAUCAUUAAAUUGAUUUCAAUCAUAAUAAAAAUUAUGAUCGAAUCUCAAUUAGCUUAAGAGGCAAUACUUAAAUUAAAUGAAGAAUAAGUGCAAAAUAUUUUAUAAUUUAUCAAUUAAUAUUAGGAGGAAGAGAUUGGACAUCAGCAAUAGUCUGAUAGAAAAUUACUUGAUAAAAUAGAUGAAUUAGAAGAUGAAAAUUAGCAAUUGAAGUAAUUGAUAGAACAAUAGGAUAAGCAUUAAACAUAACACUUUGAUAAAAUUAAAUAAUAAGAGCAAUUAUUAGUCUAAAAAGAGAAUGAAAUUAGUGAGAUCAAAAUAUGUAUGAUAUUCAAUUCUUAUAAUACUUAGAACUUCAAAAAAAUAUUCAUAUAGAGGAGAAUAUAUCAGGAACUCUAAUAGAAAAAUUAAAAAUAUAAAAAAGAAUUAUCUGAAUAAAAUGAAAUGUUAUAACAUAAGUUGUAAAAUUAUUCGAAUUUAGAAAAUAUCAAUUUACAAUUAUAACAAGAAUUAGCAUAAAGAUGCAAAUAAGACAAAGUUGUAGAGGAAUUAAAAACAAAUAUUGAGAUUCUAAAAUAGCAAAUGGAUUUAAAAGAUUAGAAGAUCAGUAAAUUGUAAGAUUAAAUAAAACAGACAUCAUAAAAUUAAUAAAAAGAAUGUAGUAAAGUUGUAGAGUUGGAAAUGCAGAAUGAAUAAUUGAAAUAAGAAAUAGAAGAUAUUUAGAGAGGUAAAAAUAAGGAAAUUCAUUAAUUGCAUCAAAAAAUAAAUGAACUAAAAAUACAAGUAGACACAAUGCAAAUGGAGAAAUAGGAAACAUAAAGAUCAUCAGUUCAUUAUCAAUAGAGUCCAAGAUGUUUGGAUUCUGAAUUUAAGUCAUUAUUGAAUGAUAACAUUGGUGGUUAUUAUUCAGAAUAAACAAUUUAAGAGUUUUAAUAAUAACUAUAACAAAAAGAGUAAUAGUUACAAUAAAAGGAAAUCCUGUUUGAUCAAAAAAUCAAGACUCUGGAGGCAAAGAUAAACAAAGAAAAAGAUACAAACAUUUAACAUAUACAAAUAACAUCUUCAUUGCAAGAGGAAAAUAAGAAAUUAAAAUUGGAACUAGAGAAAUUAAUUGAUACUAAUUAUUAAGUGAGUAGAAUACACGCAGAAAAACAAUAAAAUAUGCUCCUUAUUUCAGUUAUUGAAUGUUUGAAUGAAAAGGUUAAUUAGUUACAUUCCUAAUCGAAGGAGCAUCUUAAGAGUGAUAAGAAAACACAGCCUUAAAUUUUAUCUAGAAAUUCAAUAUCUUUAUGGAGUGCUAAAUAAUGA